AUGUUCCUUUUCCCGGUGGAGUUCGAGCUCCAUACAUCUCGGGCCCACGUCGCUCCUCCUACGCCUCCGUCGUAUCUGGCAACGCCUUCUCCCCCGAUCUCCGGCUCCUUCUCGAACAUACUGAAUCCUAAUACCGUUUCUUCAUAUCCUCCGCCUCUCCAGCCCGACGGCCGACUCCACCGGGCCCUGUCCGGCCUGGAUGCCGCAGACAUGCAUCAUAACUCCGCGUGGAGGUCCUCAUCAGACUCGCUGCCAUCCCACUCCCUCAAAUACGCCGGCCUCAUGCGCUCAUCCGACUUCUCCCCGAGCCUGAGCUUCCCCGACUCUCCUUCCUUCUUCACUCCCUCUUACCUCCGCCACUCCCGAUACGUAUCCCGCCUCGAUGCCGCUCAUCGAGCCAGGCUUGCCGCCCAGCAGCGCGAUGCGAGCUCCUCUACCUCAGCCCCAAAUACAUCUCUCUCCACCUCCUCUAGCAAUGUUCAUCUUCCUAAGAUGGCCCUGUCCCAUCGUGGCAUGACCUACGAUCUUAUCGAGCACCCACCUGCGACCCCCGACCCUCUCAUGCCCCUCCCGACUCAGUGGAGCCCCAACAGACAAAUUCGGCGGGCUGGAUUUAUCGGGCGAUGGAUUGAAGCUAAGCCCAAGGAAGGGAUGAUCGGCAUAGGAUUUUCCAGUACCAAGGCCUCGGUCGAGAGAUUACCCGGCUGGGAGCAGGAGUCAUGGGCCUACCAUGGCGAUGACGGGAAGUCAUUCUUUGGUGAAAGUCAAGGCCAGGGACGAGCAUAUGGACCGACAUUCGGUGUUGGUGAUACUGUAGGUUGUGGGGUGAAUUUCUCCACUGGAUGCGCUUUCUUUACAAAGAAUGGCAUUUUCUUAGGCGAUGCGUUUCAUGACGUACAUAACGUAAAGUUAUACCCGUCGGUGGGCAUGAAGAAACAGCCAAAAGUGCACCUCAAGGCUAAUUUCGGUCAAUACCCCUUUGUUUUUGAUAUUGAUGGCAUGGUCAAGUUUGAGAGGUCAAAGAUACAGGCGCAGAUUAAAAACACCAGCGUUGACAGCCUGCAACCGCCGCUUGGCGAAUCAGCACUUCUUCAAGAGCUGGUUGCUCAGUUCUUGGCCCAUGAUGGGUAUGUCGAGACCGCCCGAGCUUUUGCUGAAGAGGUAGCUACAGAGACAGCUGCUCUUCAAAACGGACAUGAGGAGCCCUUGAAGAAGUAUGAAGUGGAAGAGGACCGCGAGGCCAUCAACAGAAACAGGAUCCGCGCUGCUAUCCUCGACGGUGACAUCGACAAAGCCCUCAAGCACACUAAGGCCUACUAUGCUAAGGUUUUGGAGAGUAACCCACAGAUCCACUUCAAAUUGCGAUGCCGGAAAUUCCUUGAGAUGAUGCGCCGAGCCAGUGAAUUAUCCACCGAAUCCAACUUUUCUCAGAAGCGCAUGCGCACUGAUUCCCCCAGUCCGGACGAGCAUGCUGUCUUUGACCAAGAGAUGGAGCUUGAUGAUGGCGAGGAGUGGAAUGCGGAUGGCAUGGAUACCGAGUCUGAUAUUGCGGAACACAACAAUCUCCUAACAGAGGCUGUGCAAUAUUGCCAACAGCUAUCCAUUGACUUCCCAUCGGACGAGAAUGGUGGCGACAAGAAGAUGUUAGAUGACAUUUUUUCACUUGUUGCUUACCCAGAUCCCAAGCGAUCAGUCCAUGGCCAUUACCUUGAUCCUGCUGGCCGGGUGGCAGUGGCCGAAGAGCUAAACUCAGCCAUACUAGUGUCCCUCGGGAAAUCCUCUUCAGCAGCCCUCGAGUGGUUGUACCAGCAAACAGAGGUUCUAGUUAACGAAAUCAGUGAAGACGGCGGCGCCGGGGCGUUCAUUAAUGUUCGAGACGACAUUCUGCUUUGA